AUGUCACCAUUAGCAAGUCUAUUUGAAAGAGGUAACGAAGUCCUCAAUAUUAACAACGCUGACGGUGCUGAUUUCCAUAUCACCACCCACGGUUCCGAUUGGCUUUGGUCUGUCUUCUCCAUCUUUGCCUUGGUCACUCUUCUUGUUCUCGGUUUCUCCUUCACUAAGCCUAAGAAUCAACGUACCUUCCUUCAUGUCAUUGCUCUUGGUCUCAUUGCUCUCUCUUACCAGUACUUCACUCUUGCUUCUAACCUCGGUUGGGCCCCUGUUCAUGCCGAGUUUAACCAUGUUACCACUAGUGAUCAGUCAAAGACUCCUGGUAUGAGACAAAUCUUCUACGCUCGUUGGGUCAGUUACUUUGUUGCCUUCCCUACAUUCUUCCUUUCCUUUGCUGUUCUUGUUGGUGAAACCUGGUCAAACACUAUCGCCAUCAUCAUUUGCGAAGAACUCACCGUUGUCUCUCUCCUUAUUGGUACUCUGAUUCACUCUACCUACAAGUGGGGUUACUACACCUUCGGUCUGGCUGGUUUCUUCCUUGUCGUUUACUACCUUGUCUUCUCCUACAGAGUCGCUGCUCAGAGCCAGGACAAGUCUGUUGCAACCCAUUCUUUCGCCAUCAUUGGCGGUGCAAUCGUCCUUCUUAUGCUCUAUCCUAUUGCUUGGGCUCUUUCUGAAGGUGGUAACGUCAUCCAACCUGAUUCUGAAGCUGUCUUCUAUGGUAUCCUUGAUAUUGUCUUCUUCAUCCUCAUCGGAACCUUCUACCAGAUCUUUGUCUCUAGAUCAAUUGACUUUGUCGGUGAAGGUGUCUCUGGCUUCGAUUACCGCGUCUUCACUUCCCAUGGCCCUAGAUCUGUCCCAGCUGUCGCUUAUCCUUCUACCAAGGAGGAAGAGCUCCCCACACCCCCUGCUCAGUCUAGACCUUCUGAAGCCACUGCCCAUACCGCUGAACCCACUUCUGCUGAUGUUGAGCAACAAGUUUAA